AUGAAUGCCAUUUCCUAUCUAUCUAAUCUUUCAUCCACUCCUUCUAAUCCGAUUUCUUCCUCCUCUUCUUCUUCUUCUUCUUCUUCUCACGGUGUUCUAGUGGAAAGUGAAGAAGAACAAGAAGAUAAUGAUGAAGUUAAUCAAUUUCAAAAUGAAAACGACGAAGGUGAGUCAAUUUUUCUAAAACCAUUCCAUUUGAUUUGGUUUGUAAUUACAUCACCUCUGAUUCUUAUAGAAUAUGGACUCAAAUCCAAGCAAAAAGUGGAAUCAACCAGUAGAAAGGGUGAAAUUAUAAGAAAGAAAGAGGUUGACGAUGAUUUGGCAGAAGAUGAAAUGUUCCUACAAAGGGAUACUGUUAAAGGUGGAUUAAGAGGUAAGGCAUUUGGUACUAAAAAGAUGGGGAGGUUUCUUUUCCCUAAGAAAUUGGUACCACAAUCGAUACUGUUCGCAGAAAGAAAGAAACGAUUAGUAGUCGAUUUAGAUGAAACUUUGAUUCAUAGUGCAACCAGAAGUGUCUCUCAUAGUAAUUCUGCACAGGGGCAUAUGGUUGAAGUAAGAUUUCCUCCAAGUUCGAUAUCUACGCUUUAUUAUGUGCACAAGAGACCACACUGUGAUUUGUUCCUUUCCAAAGUCAGUAAAUGGUAUGAUUUAAUAAUCUUUACUGCGUCGAUGAAAGAAUAUGCAGAUCCCGUUAUUGAUUGGUUAGAAAGUUCCUUCACGGGAAAAUUUUGCAAAAGACUCUAUAGACAUAAUUGUGUGGUUCGGGAAGGAGUUGGGUACAUUAAAGAUUUAAGCGUUGUUACAGAAGUUCUCGAUGAAGUUGUAUUAAUUGAUAAUAGUCCGACAUCUUAUGCAAGAAACGAGGACAAUGCAAUUCAAGUAGAAGGUUGGAUUAGUGAUCCAUCUGAUACUGAUCUUUUAAAUCUAUUGCCGUUGUUAGAGGCAUUGAGAUACGUUACAGAUGUGAGAUCAAUAUUGGGAUUGAAAAACGGUGAAAAGGCAUUGGGUUAA